CCCAGCCCCAGCCCCAGACUCGGACCUCGACCCAAGCUAGGCUGCCGCCAGGAAGUGCAGCAGCCAACCAAGUAAACCAAGCCGCUCUCCCUCACCCAACCUGGUGGCCUCUGGCAAACACGAAAAAAAAGGGCGCGGCCAUAAGGUAUCACCAGGCAUCCAGGAGCAGAAAACCAUCAACGUCCCAGCGACUUGGCUCAAGUUGCUCACCACGUCGUCGUUCCUCGACCCCUGCGCGCUUCACACCUUAAAGCCAUGGCUCCGCGCGCCGAGGGCAGCCAAUUGAAGCGGACUCGGGGUUCUCCCUCUGCCGACGCCGAGCUCGAGUCGUUCAAGAAGCCACGCCGCUCGGAGCGAAUUUCGCACAAGCACGGCGACGCCCCCGAGGGCCAAAAGACGCCCGUUUCACACAAGCAGCAUCUACCAUCACCCGUCACCCACUCUACUACUGACGACAGCCUUCAGUCCUACAAGGAGGGCACUGUCACGCCGCCCGAGGGCCGCCCGAGCCAGGUCGUGCACCGUUCCCCCGAGGAGACGCUGUCUCUCGCGCAAAAUUCGCUGGCCCAGCAGGGCUUCUCGUCGCCACUGAACGACACACAAGCUCUUCCGUCCCAGCUGGUCGAUCCCCAGGCCGCACUGUCCGAUGAGGUCGAGGAUGAAGUGAAGGAGGGUGUCUGGGGCUACAUUUUCCCCCUGGACACGAGGUAUGGUGGCCGCUGUAUAGUUCUGCGGAAGCGCGGCUCGUGUCCUCUUCCCAAGGGCAGCGAGGAUGAGCAGAAGGACAAGGACAAGCCGUGCGACAAGGCGAAGAAGGGUCUACCCUCCGGCGGAUAUCUUAUCGGCAGGCAUCCGGAAUGCGAUAUCGUUGUGGACGACCCGAUUGUCUCCAACCGGCACUGUUUAAUAUUCGCAGAGCACAAGGGCAAUGACACGGUCGUGGUGCUUGAAGAUCUCUCGAGCAAUGGCACGUUUGUCAACGAGGCCAUCGUCGGGCGCAACCAGCGCAGAGAGCUCCAGGAGCAGGACGAGAUUGCUGUCAAGGACAGGGCUCGUUUCAUUUUCCGCUACCCCAAGUCACGCUCCACCAGCAAGUUCGCUCAACAGUAUACGCUCCUUGGGAAGCUCGGCAAGGGCCAUUUUGCCGAGGUUUUCGCCUGUGUUGAGAAGUCAUCAGGUCAGCGCUAUGCGGUCAAGGUGUUCUCCAAGACCCCCGGCGUGGAUGAACGCAGCUCUAAAUCCGAGGGGCUGCAGCUCGAAAUUGCUGUGCUCAUGGGAGUGAGUCACCCGAACGUCCUAUGCCUCAAGGACACUUUCAAUGAGCCGAAGGCUGUCUACCUGGUUCUCGAGCUAGCCCCCGAGGGAGAGCUGUUCAACUUCAUUGUGGAGAAGCAGAAACUCGGUGAAUCUGAGUCGCGCAAGCUCUUUUCCCAGCUCUUCCAUGGCGUGAAGUAUCUGCAUGAUCGAGGAAUUGUGCAUCGGGACAUCAAACCCGAAAAUAUCUUGCUUAUGGACCGGGAGCUGCACGUAAAGCUUGCAGACUUUGGUCUCGCAAAAAUUAUCGGAGAGGAGUCCUUUACAACGACGCUUUGCGGAACGCCGAGCUACGUUGCCCCCGAGAUUCUUGCCGACAAUCGGCACCGGAGGUACACCAAGGCCGUCGACGUCUGGUCCCUGGGCGUUGUGCUAUAUAUCUGCCUCUGUGGAUUCCCGCCCUUCUCGGACGAGUUGACCUCGGACAGCUUCCCGUACAACCUUUCGCAGCAAAUCAGGACGGGCCGAUUCAACUACCCCUCGCCUUACUGGGACUCGGUUGGCGACCCAGCAUUGCAUUUGAUCGACAACAUGCUUAUCGUGGACCCGGAGAAGCGCUAUACGGUUGACCAAUGUCUCAACCACCCUUGGAUGACCCAGAGCGGGCCCUCAGUUCACGAUAGCACUGACGGGCUUGUUGGCGGACUCGCCGGGCUUGAGGUCAACCGUCGUGGCAUGGUGCGCGAGCGAACCCUCCUCUCCUCAAUAAACACCGUCCAAGUCACCAAGGUCCCCGCAAAUGGCCGCCACAAGAAUCAAGAGACAGUCAAGGUGUUCAAGAAGAACGUCACCGACAAGACGGCAGGUGCUGGACCUUCCAACGGCGGCCCGAGCAGGGAAGCCAGACCGUCCGAGAACCGCGACCCCGGUGUGUUCAUGGAAGCUGGCGGCAAGGGUGAUGAAGCCCUUUUCGCCCACGACCCGACCAGCAACUACCCGUCAGCAGACAUUGGCGAGGAGAAGGCCAAGACCAAGACGGCGCAGGGAAAGGGUAAAGACAAGGCCCGCUAAGCGCGGCCGACAAGAAACCCUCAAUUGUCAAAUCAAUGAUCAUUGUCAUCUCGCUCUAGCCCUUAGCUUUUGUUUGGCGUUGUUGGAACUUCAUCAGGGCUUCCUUUUCUUCCUUUUAUACUUUGGAUCUUUUUUCUUUUUCUUUUUCUGUCGCGAUAUUUGGGCUAACGUUCUUUCAGAGUGUCUCAUACUUUCGAGCGGAGGAUGUGGGUUUAGUUUAAUCUAUGUUUUUUAUUGGUUGGUGGUUGCGGUUGGACCCUUCCCUUCAAUGUUUGGUUUUUCGCCAUCUUCCUCGGGUUUCACCUGCUAUUUCUAUUCCUCUUUCUUCUCUCAAGCUAAAAAGGAGUCAGUGUACAAAUAACUUGUUGUCAGCGUCGCCGAAUUUGGCAGAAAGCAUGGAGGGUGGGACUUGUGCAAGAGCUCGGAUCUGUUCCCUGUGAGGACGGAUAAUGGGCGUCAUUCGGAGCUAUACUGGAGGAACACAAUUGGGUGAUUGAUCACCCAUCGUACAUCUCGUCACGGUGCCGGCGUAGGUAGAUGCGAAAUAUAUUUAUCCAUCCUGGAUCUUGAGGCCUUCGAGGG